ACUGCAGAAGUCCCCCAUGAUACUAUAUCCUCUGGGACCGUCUUUGCAGUUACUCAGAUGAUCACAGAAAUUUCCAUCAGCUAACCCCUUUCCAGAAGAAGGCUUGUCAUCUUCUGGCCAGCUUCCUCACCUACUGUAAAUGCAACCAUGCCCAUCAUCAGCAACACCAACCAUGAUUUUAGCAACCUGUCUGUCAGUGAUGACAGCAGCUUGGACCGAAUCUUCACUGAGAUCCCUGAAACUGAGACAAUCAAAGGUGUGUACUACCAGCGUGCACGCUUCUUACGCCGACCUGAGGACCUGCUCUCAGUGGAUCACGCUCUACAGGCACUUAUUAAUGUCGGGGGAAACCGUUACACACUGCCAUGGAGCACGUUGGAACAGUUUCCCAUGACGCGUCUGGGAAAGCUGCGCACAUGCAGGAGCCCAGAGGAGAUCGCAGGCGUGUGUGACGACUAUGAUGAGGCUCGCCGCGAGUUCUUCUUUGACCGCAGCCCCAGCGCCUUCCGUGUCAUCUUAAACUUCCUAGCGGCGGGUAAGCUGCGGAUGCUGCGUGAGACAUGUGCGCUCUCGUUGCAUGAUGAGCUGACCUACUGGGGAAUAGAGACCUCAUGCAUGGAGCGCUGCUGCAAGCGCAAAAUGUACAUGCGCCUCGAAGAGGUGGCUGAACAGGAACGUCGCAAGCAAGACGAGUUCCGGAGACGCAGUUCUUUGCAGCGCCCUCCACAGGAUGACACGUGCUAUCACAGGUUCAUGAGCCACCUCAGGGACAUGGUGGAGAACCCACAGUCAGGUCUGCCGGGGAAGUUGUUUGCCUGUUUCUCUGUGCUCAUGGUGGCCGUGACCGUCAUCAGCCUGUGCAUCAGCACCAUGCCUGACCUGCGAGAGGAGGAGAACAGGGGUGAGUGCUCUCAGAAGUGCUACCACAUGUUCAUCGUGGAGACUGUGUGUGUGGCGUGGUUUUCGCUGGAGUUUGUGUUACGCUUCCUGCAAGCACGCAGCAAGCUGGAGUUCCUACGCGGGCCGCUCAAUAUCAUCGACGCCAUGGCCAUCUUGCCCUACUAUGUAUCCCUGGCUGUGGACGAAGAGGAGGAAGAGACAGGGUUUGAGCAAGAACGCACAUCUGCAGGCAAGGGCUACCUAGACAAGCUGGGCCUCGUGCUGCGAAUCCUGCGAGCACUGCGCAUCUUGUAUGUGAUGCGGUUAGCACGGCACUCACUGGGCUUGCAGACUCUGGGACUGACCGUGCGCCGAAGCACGCGUGAGUUUGGCCUUUUGCUCCUUUUUUUGUGUGUAGCCGUCACACUUUUCUCACCGCUCGUGCACCUUGCUGAGAGUGAACUAAGCGGCGAGCAGGACUUCAGCAGCAUCCCCGCCUCCUACUGGUGGGCCAUUAUCUCCAUGACGACAGUGGGCUACGGAGACAUGGUGCCACGUAGCAUCCCGGGCCAGGUGGUGGCGCUUAGCAGCAUUUUAAGCGGCAUCCUUAUCAUGGCCUUUCCUGCCACCUCCAUCUUCCACAUGUUCUCACGCUCAUACCAGGAGCUCAAACAGGAGCACCAGCGCAUCAUGAAGGAGGAGUGUGCUAAAGCAGCAGCUGCGGCUGUUGACAGACUCGGGGAGGAGCCGGAAAGAAGCAGGGAUCAUCCUCCACCUAUACUAGCUCUCCAUCCAAAUCCUGAAACAGCUGGAUCCGCUGAGGGCGUGUCUCUUUUAGGGAACAGUGGAGACUCAUCAGGGAAUAACAGACACUCGUUACCGGUAGGACCCUCAUAGGGACUAAUGACGCUAUUGAAGGUGUGGACUUUGUAGUGGUUCCUGAUCUUCUAGUCUUUCAAAUGAAGAAAAGGCUCUAAGAACUACUUCAUUAAAAAAAAAGAAAUGAAAAAUGCCAUAAAGACUUUCACUAUGUGAAUCAGGCAAUUUUGUCUUCCAUCAGCCAUCAGCUGACUAGUUCUAAUGAAAAUACUGCUGUUUUCAUAUUCAGCUUUCUCAGCUCAAACACCUUUUUCAGAUUUAAUAAUCACCUUCGAGCCUAUUAAACCAUGCCAAUGAUUUUCUUUAUCCCGAUUUGUCAUUGCUAUGGCUUUGUCAUGCUGUAAUGAUAGUAGCCUAGAUCAUUUUUUUUUUGAUGCCUUGUGUCAUUUGUGAGAUCUUCCUUUAGUUAAAGCCAAUUAAAAUUGACACAAACUAGCACAUUAUAUUGGUUUGUUCAAGAUUUACCGCUUUUCCAUAAGUGCUACAUUUAUACUAUCAAGAAAGAAAUAUAUUCUAGACACAUUUAGUCUUUCUGUUACUUUGUAGCAUUUUGGACGCACAGAAGUGACUGACCCA